AUGGCGGACGCUCCGCCUGAGGUCCUCGAGCUCAACGUGGGCGGCGUGCACUAUGCCACUACGCGCGAUACGCUGAUACGCGAGCCAGACUCGCUGCCCGCCGCCGCGCUUCAAGAUCCCGACCAUCCGCGCGACGCUCGUGGUCGCAUCUUCUUCGAUAGAGACGGCGUUCUCUUCCGCUAUGUGCUCGACUACCUCAGAGACGGUGGACUCGUUUUGCCGGAGUGCUUCAGAGAACACAAGCGCCUCGCGAGGGAAGCCAAACAUUACAGACUAGUGGGGCUCGAGAAUGCAGUCCGAGAAGCAGAUCCUCGUCCGCCAAAUCGCGAGCGAGGAUGCAUCACGGUGGGAUACCGGGGCAGUUUUGCAUUCGGACGCGACGGCCUCGCCGAUGUAAAGUUCCGUAAGUUGUCUCGCAUUCUCGUGUGCGGUAAAGUAACGCUGUGUCGAGACGUCUUCGGCGAGACAUUGAACGAGUCUCGCGACCCUGACCAUGGUCUGGCCGACAGGUACACGUCGCGAUUUUUCUUGAAGCAUUCUUUCAUCGAGCAGGCUUUCGACAUGUUGCAAGAGAACGGAUUCAAACUGACGGCCAGCUGUGGCAGCGGGACCGCCGGUGGAGCCGCCGAACUGAAACCCGGCGUCGACUCUGAAGAGAAUCGUUGGAACCAUUACAACGAAUUUGUGUUCGUGCGUGAAUAGCUACCGGACUUAUACGUAUAUGACGGGCGUUCUGUUAAUAGGUGCGCGAUUUGCAUUUCUAGAAGAUAAUAAUUUUCGCAUCAAUGGCAAUAUCAAUUAAAUAUAAUUCGAAUUGCGUGAUUUCGAUUGACGUAAGUAAUUCACAUAGUUUACGACGAUAAGUAAAUAGGUACCUUAAACGAUGCUUUUUUUUUCGAUAAAGAUAUAAUUAAAUUAUUUAUAAUAAAACAAUCUUGAUAGUGUAAUUAUAUUUACAAAUUACAGUAGAUUUGAACUUUAUUUCCUAUUUUAUGAUCUAAACAAAAUUAUAAAAAAUAUAUAGAUAAAUAUCGUUAAAUUGUUAAUUGUAAUCGAUCAUGAAACAAAUAGGUAGUAUUUAAUCUAAAUGAUAAAUUAGUAGUUUAAAUUCUCUAGGACUGUUGUAUGUACUGUUACCUAUUUAUAGUGUAUUUUCAAAUCAUUUUAUACUCUAUGUGUAAUUCUCGUUACUGACACCGUGGUGUAGAUUUAUAAAUAUUGCCAAAUCAAGCUAAUAUUUUGUGAUAAAUAAUAUUUCAUUACAAACGUUAUUUAUAUAUAAACUGUACGUAUUUUAUGAGUUAUUUUUUUUAUUUUAUUUAACACGUUGAACACCAUG